CGUCCUGGUGCGAAACGAGUACUUGAGAUCAAUCCUGGACAGAUCCGUAUCAAACCAGAUGUCGUCCGACUUCCCGGCUGUUUCACCCUUGAGAUCAAGAAUUUACGGGUUAAAGACGAAGCGGAAGCGAUCGGUAACUCGUUUUUCGCCAAGGCCGAGUAUCAAUGGUGGAACGUGAAAGACUUCUCAAAUCUGAAAUGUCAAAACGCUUCAAACAAUGGUUGUGGCGGUUACGGCAAUAAUUGCUAUUAUUGCGACGUAUGCCGUGCUUUGGCUGAGAUCGAUCAAGGUCACGUAGACAUGUCAGAUUCGAUCGCAAGCCAACUGCGAGGAAUCAGAUGCCCGAAACGGCCAGGUCUUUACACAUUCAGAAAGGAGUUCUGCUUCAAUGAUUGGGCCGCUUUCGAUACGGACGGCGACUGUGAGAUGGAUUUCCUGCAAGGAGACAAAGGUGACUACAGAGGUGCCCUGGCCACCUUACAGCAAAGUGGGCUAUUAAUCGCAAAAAUUCGUCUAGCGUUCAACGCUACUGGUUCUGUGGAAAGGAAACGAUUAUUGAAAGAAGCGCAAGAUAGAGGAGACCGUAGCCAACUCGAAGAGCGACGUCGCACUUGGGACGUGAACAAUGGUCAAUUCGACAAAUUCAGUCAGUGGUACAUCGAAUACCGGAAGAAUAUCUGGCAUAAGGACGAUUACCUACCGUGGCUGUUGUACGAGAAUGAAAUCUCGUGUCUCAAAAUAACAUUCGACGUUUGCGAAAAACCGCCACGUCGCAUUAACUACGGAGGACGAGUCAGAUACACCUGUGAAAAU